ACAAGAAGAAUCAAACAACAUCGAAGAGACGAAGUAAAGCUGAAUCUCCCAAGUUCCUUCGUCAUCAGAACUCACUUUACGCGCACCCAUAAACCUCAAAGGUAUGAUUUCAAAUACACUUCGAACUUAAAUCUUUCUUUUUGUUCCCAAAAUCCGCCAUUUUUGGUCCAGGACCAAAAACCUCACGGAAAUGAACACAACCCAUUUGCGAAAACUCAGAACAACGUCUAUUCUCAAAUGGGGUUCUUCUUAUUUCGCGGGAAACCAGCUCAACUCUCAAAAACGACAACUUUGGCCAAAUGGGUAUUCCUUAGUUUCUCCAAACGCAAGGCUUUACAGAACGAAAAGAACCGAGGAAGAAUCUCCAAACAAUGCGGUUAGAAUUCCCCGGAGGAUCAAGAAAGAAGCCGAAGCCGCGCUUUUGGAGUAUUUUCACUCCACUAGGAAUUUCGAUUAUCUUGACGCAGAGAAUAUGAGUAAAAACUCUCCAAUUUUCUUAUCCAAGCUUUUGAAACGGGUCAAUAUUGAAGAUGAAAUUGGGCAUUCCAUUGCUCGGUUCUUGCGUUACAACCCCAUAAAUGAGUUUGAGCCUUUUUUUGAAAGCUUGGGCUUGAAACCCUCAGAGUAUGGUCCUCUUUUGCCCCCUCAUUUGGUGUUUUUGAGUGAUUGUCGUUUCUUGCUUGAGAAUUAUUAUUUGUUGUGUGGUUAUGGAUUUGAGCGUCAAAAGAUAGGGAAGAUUUAUAAGGAAGCCACUGAAGUGUUUUCCUCUGAUGUUAAGGUUUUGGUGUCAAAGCUUAGAGCUUAUGAGAAACUUGGGAUUGGCCAAGCUUCUCUUGUUAAGUUUAUUAUCUCUAGUCCUUAUUUUUUGAUUGGUGAUGAUGUGAAUGCAGAUUUUGUUGAGGUUUUGGAGAGGUUUAAGAGUCUUGGACUUGGAAUUAGUUGGAUUGAGGGGAAUUUGUUGGAGGGUAAUUCUUGUAAUUGGAGUCACAUGCUUGGACUUUUAACUUUGUUUAGCAAAAUGGGGCUGAGCAAAGAGCAAUUGGCUGAAUUAAUCAGCUAUCACCCUGAUAUCUUGUUUGAGGAUUCGGGGAAUAGGACGGUAUUGCUAGUUGGAUGCUUGUUGAAAUUUGGAUUCACAAUGGAUCAAAUAAGUUCCAUGCUUAUGCGGUUUCCCGAUAUUAAAGUUGGGAAAUUCGUUUCAAAUUGGAGGAGAUGUUUUUUGUUCCUGAAUGAGGUCAAGAUGGAGGCGACAGACAUUGGGGAUUUUGUACGCUCUCGUGCCUUGUUGAUGGGGACAUGUGAUUUACAUAGAGCUAACAGCUUAUGUACCAAAUUGAAUGUUGGUAAGAAGAGGCUUUGCAAAUACAUUUCGGAGAACCCACAGGAGUUGAAGAAUCUAGUUCUUGGAGCAAAGCUUAAGCCAUUUCCAAGGCUAGAGGAAGACCUUGCAUCGGAAUCACUGAGGAACAAGUUCUUGUUGGACUUGGGAUUCGUACAGGACUCGGACAAAAUGAAGGCGGCGCAAAAGAUGUUCCGAGGCAAGGGAGGGAAGCUUCAAGAGAGAUUUGACUUUAUAAUGAGCUAUGGCUUGGACAGGGAGGAGGUUUGCCGAAUGGUUAAAGUUUCACCUCAAAUCCUUAACCUGAAGAAGAAUGUCAUUCAGACCAAGAUUGAUCUUCUUGUAAGACAAUGGGCCUAUCCCGUAUCCUCUAUUUGGGCAUUCCCUUCAAUCCUUAACUAUAAAGUUCAAAGGGUCAAUCUUAGGUUAUCUAUGUACAAUUGGCUCAAAGGUCAAGGAAAAGCAGACCUAUCUUUGAGCACUAUUGUGGCAUCCACAGAGAAAGAAUUUGUUACACAGUUUGUAAAUCGCCAUCCUAGUGGCCCUCAAGUUUGGCAGGACUUGAAGGAAAAGAUUUAUUCCAUAUAA